UAGAAUGUCGCUGUGUCGCCAAACUGAUCAAAGGUAGCGGACACCUGCCACCAGCACACCGAAUGUCGAAGUGGCUAAAUGAUGAUGAAGUGUUGGAGGGUAAAGGCAGCGGUGGGGGAGUCCUCCUCAGCCCCAGAAUCCGAAUCCCUCGAUCAGGCGGGGGGCGGACUUCACUGUCUUCCCCCAGCACCAGAGAAGCGGCCCCUGGAGGCCCAAACGUGGAGACGAUGGGCAAGGCCAGAGAGCUAUUUGUGCUUUGUGACAAAGCAGGCAAAGGGUUUAUCACCAAGAUGGACAUGCAGAGGCUACAAGAAGAACUGCCGCUGUCACCUGAGCAGCUGGACACAGUUUUCGAAAGUCUGGAUCGUGAGAGCAAUGGGUUCCUUACUCCAUUGGAGUUCACCAAAGGCCUUGAUGAACUUGUGGGGCUGGUGGACAUGGACAGUCAUGUUGAGGAUGAGUCAGAAGAGGACCCCGGCCUGGUGGUGCCCACUAAUGAUCCUGCUGCAGAUGGAUUCAUCAACAUACUAGUGGAACUUGGUGCUGACAAGCUUUUUAAUGAUCAGCAUGAGCUCUGCAUUCUGUGGUGCGAGCUGAAGAGGGACAAACCUGAAAUUCUUAAUGCUUUGGAGAGUAUUCUGCUCGCUACGUUGUCCCGUCAGCAGGACAACAUCAGGGAGCGGGAGAGUCUGGAACAAGCUUUACGCAGACGAGAAAGUGAACAUGAGCAGGUUGUUCAGUCCAUUUAUGAAGAAAUGGAGGAUCAAGAGAGAGAAGAACGUGAACUACAGAUGUCCCAGGACAUUCUGAGACAGACUCAGAGAAACCAACAACUGGAAGAGUUGUUGAAGAUUCGGGAGCAAGAGUUGGAGAAUGUGCUGAUCCAGCAGAAGGAGUUGGAAAGUCGAAUUCAGCUUCUGAGCGCUGAGCAGAUGCGAGUCGUUGAACAAAAUCAGCAUCUGCGUAGCGUCAACGUCCAGCUGCAGAAGCAGACGGAGAGCUACAGUGAGCAGCUGCAGGUCGCUGUGGGUCAGCUCAGCCUGCUGCAGGUCAACGCUGCACACGAACAAGCAGCCAAUCAAAGAGAUGUGCUGAAUGUGACCCGGAACAUGCAGAAAGAAAAGGAGAGUCUUACGAGACAACUAGAGUUACUAAGGGAUAUGAACAAAAAAAUGCGCGAUGAGAAAGACGCCCAGCAGACUCAGAAGAGGAGUCCAAACAUCAAAGAGACUUUGCAGAAGAAAGAGUCAGGCAUAGGUAACGGCUUGCAGCCAGACAAGCCCCGCAAGAGACUGCUCAGCUCGUCUGGUGACCAAGACAAAGAACAAAAAGAGAUGUCAAUAUCAUCCAAGAGACACCAGCCGCCAAGUAGGGUCAGGUGUGAGAAUGUUGAGCAGACUCAAACUAAGAGCACUUUUGUCAGCCCUCGUCGAGUGUUCAAGGUGGUUUUCCUGGGUAAUUCCGGGGUCGGUAAGACUUCCUUCAUCCAGCACUACUGCAUGGGACAUUUCACCCCGGAGAUGAGCGCCACCGUGGGCAUAGAUUUCCAGAUGAAGACCGUCGCUCUUGAAUCCAUCUCAAUAACUCUGCAGCUGUGGGACACCGCUGGACAAGAGAGGUUUCGCAGCAUCACGGAUCAGUACUACCGCAAGGCUGAUGCCAUCCUCGCCCUGUAUGACAUCACUCAGCCGGACUCCUUCACAGCGGUGAGAGGAUGGCUCGACUCCGUGAAGGAGAAAAUGUGUGAAGGUACAGUGCUGAUGCUGCUCGGCAACAAAGCGGACCUGGACAACAAAGACCGGAUAAUAACACCUGCAGAAGGGCAAGUUCUUGCAAAGGAGCACCAGGCUAUAUUUUACGAAUGCAGUGCCAAGACUGGACACAACAUGGAGGAGCUGAUGACUCAUCUGGCUGAGAUGCUCAUCGUUCAGCGUAAUCAACAGUUUGAAGAGGCUUUGUUACUCAGAGGGGAUUCUUUGAAAAAAAGUUGCUGCACAUGAACAUUCAGAGGAAAUGAAUAUUCCCUUGUUGCCAUUUGUUGUAAGUUAAGUGUUUGUUUGGACAAUUUACCAAAGUUACAUAUAUGUUUCUGUAACACGCCACGAGAAACCCGUUUACAUGCUGAUGCAAACUGUGAACUCUUGGACUCAACAGUGUCUGUGUGGUUGUUACCUGUGGUUACAUUCAUUCAUUCAUUUCAUGCUGAAUAAUAUGUUGCACAUACAAU